UUACCAAAAUAAUAAGUCACUGAAGAUAUAGUAAUUUCGGCUAUAUCUCCUUUUGUUUGUGGGGGGCAAACUACCGCUUCUCACAAAUUGAAGUGCUGGCAUUGUACAAUGAUUCAUCUUCACCCUUUCAAGAAGACACGAUAAGUGAAUCAUGUGACAACAUUCACAUGACAUGACAGAAGUACAGAAGUGAACGUCGCUUCUUCUGGUUCCCUUUGCAGGCUCAGUCUGCCAAGAUGGUACUGAAGUGGGUUGUUGCGACUUUGUUAUUUCUGUGUGAGGCUCAGGGGUUCCCUAAGGUGGUGGAGUUCACUGAUCCCAAACCUGAGUUUAAAGAGAAAUACUUUUCUCAAAUUUUGGACCAUUUCAAUUAUAAUUCUGUUGGAAAUGGCACUUAUCUUCAGAGAUACCUCAUCACAGAUCAGUACUGGAAGAAAGGUGGACCCAUAUUUUUCUACACUGGCAAUGAAGGAAACAUCUGGGCAUUUGCCUUAAAUUCUGGCUUUAUAAUAGAGUUGGCUGAGAAGGAAGGAGCAUUGGUGAUAUUUGCUGAACAUAGGUACUAUGGUAAAUCACUUCCCUUUGGCAAUGACUCCUUCCACAUCCCUGAGGUGGGACUUCUGACGGUAGAGCAGGCCCUGGCAGACUUUGCAGUGAUGAUCACUCAGCUUAAGAAAGAGCUGAAUGCCCAGGAAUGUCCCGUCAUUGUUUUUGGUGGGAGUUAUGGUGGAAUGCUGAGCGUGUACAUGAGGCUGAGGUACCCGAACAUUGUGGACGGAGCCCUGGCAGCCAGCGCCCCCAUUCUGUCCACAGCGGGCAUGGGCAACCCAGCGCAGUUCUUCCGGGAUGUCACUGCAGAUUUUGAGAAUUACAAACCAGCCUGCCGGGAGGCAGUGCAAGGAGCCUUCCAGAAGCUGCAGGCCUUGGCCCAGCACGAAGACUACGCCCGGAUCCAGUCUGAGUUCAGCUUGUGCAAGACUCCAUCGUCUGCAGCGGACAUCUAUCAACUGAACGGCCUCCUCCGCAACGCAUUCACCCUCAUGGCCAUGCUUGACUACCCCUACAAGACUUCCUUCAUGAGCAGCAUGCCACCAUUUCCUGUCAAGGUGGCCUGUGACACCAUGUUGAAAGGGGAUGACUUGAUGACUGCACUUAGAGAAACUGUUGGUAUCGUGUACAACUCUACUGGAACUCUGCCCUGCCUUGAUAUCUACAAUCUCUAUAUCCAAUGUGCUGAUCCCACGGGCUGUGGUCUUGGUUUUGACAGUUUGGCUUGGGACUAUCAAGCCUGCACCGAGAUUGAGAUGUGCUUUGAGAGUAACGGUGUGUCCGACAUGUUCCCUCCCAUGCCCUUCACCCAAAAGCAGAGAGAGCAGUACUGUGCCAAGAAGUGGGCUGUGGUGCCACGCCCUGGCUGGUUGAAGACUCAGUUCUGGGGUGAUGCCUUGUCAACUGCCAGCAAUAUCAUCUUUUCCAAUGGGGAUCUGGAUCCUUGGGCAAAUGGAGGGGUUAGAAAAUCGUUGAGCUCAUCCCUGAUUGCAAUCAACAUACCUGAAGGAGCUCAUCAUCUGGACUUGCGAGGAUCCAAUCCAGCGGACCCUGACUGUGUGAUCCAAGCCCGUAAAAAGGAAUCUGAGAUCAUCUCCCAGUGGGUAAAAAUGGAGAGGAAAAAAUACCGGGGCCUUAAAUUGUAAUGGAAGAGUAACGUGGAUUUCAGAGGUUGUGAAUGAAGUGCUUGUCCUUAAGCUUUGAUUGAUUCUUUUUUGUGAAUGUUUUUUCUUCCUAAUAAAACAUAUUUUUAAUUUA